GAAUUUUCCCCAAUUUUUAUCUCAUUGUGGACGCUUACACGGCAGGCUGCUCCUCUUUUUCUCUUACCCACUAGCACAAGUAUCGUCAACUUAUCUCUUCGUCAACGACCGCUGCCGCACCGCCACUGAUCCAGCGUUGGUGGAGGCAUUGCCAGAGUCGACGCCGGUGGGCCACGCUCUGUUCUCCCGCUUACCUCUGGCCAGCCCUUUAGAAGUCCCUCAUAUCCACAAGCUCAUCCACCAGCCGUGUUCGAGCGCCUUAGCCAUCUCUCCUCUGCUACCGUGUCAUCUCUCUCAUUGACUCUCUUCAAUGCUUGCGGCAACUUGAGCUAUUAGAAACAAGUCAUGGCUGCUAACUCUGUUGUCUCCGCCAUUUCUACUUCUAUUCCCAUAAAUUAUAUGGCAACGUCUAUCUUCUUUUGCUAUGCGCCAACCAAAUUGACGCCUAAACCCCUUCGUCUCGCCAAAGGGUUCACCGCUUCAUCUUUUUCUACCGCCAGCGAACCCCUACGAAAAUCACUCCAAGUGAGUUCAGUGGCUGCUUCUGAAGAAGCCGUAUCAGGGUUUGAUGAAAUGAUUUCCAGUACUCGGAGGAAGUAUUACAUGCUAGGAGGAAAAGGAGGUGUAGGAAAGACAAGCUGCGCAGCUUCACUUGCUGUUAAAUUUGCUAAUAAUGGGCAUCCCACUCUUGUGGUUUCAACUGAUCCGGCACAUUCCCUGAGUGAUUCUUUUGCCCAGGAUUUGACCGGGGGAACAUUGGUUCCAGUGGAAGGACCUGAUUAUCCACUUUUUGCUCUUGAAAUAAACCCUGAGAAGGCUAGGGAAGAAUUCCGAAAUGCAACUCAAAAAAAUGGCGGAAGUGGUGUUAAAGACUUCAUGGAUGGUAUGGGUCUUGGAAUGAUUGUAGAACAGUUGGGAGAACUUAAACUGGGAGAGUUACUGGAUACACCUCCUCCUGGACUGGAUGAAGCUAUUGCAAUCUCUAAGGUGAUGCAAUUUCUUGAAUCAGAGGAAUAUAGCAUGUUUACUCGAAUAGUAUUUGAUACUGCACCUACAGGACAUACAUUACGACUGCUGUCCUUGCCUGAUUUCUUGGAUGCCUCCAUAGGGAAGAUAUUAAAGCUUAGACAAAAGAUAGCUUCUGCUACCUCAGCAAUCAAAUCUGUGUUUGGGCAAGUGGCAACUCAACAGGAUGCUGCUGACAAAUUGGAGAAGCUUAGAGAGAGGAUGAUAAAAGUGCGUGAGCUCUUUCGGGACACUGAUUUGACAGAGUUUGUCAUUGUAACGAUCCCCACGGUAUGGAUACUAAAAGUGAUGGCGGUCAGUGAGUCAUCUAGAUUGAGUUCAUCCUUGACGAAGGAAAGUGUUCCUGUGAAGAGGCUUAUUGUUAAUCAGAUUCUACCACCAUCGGCAUCUGAUUGCAAAUUUUGUGCUAUGAAAAGAAAGGAUCAAAUGCGCGCUCUUGAUAUGAUCCACAACGAUCCAGAACUCUCCAGAUUGGUUAUGAUCCAGGCCCCACUAGUUGAUGUAGAAAUACGAGGCGUUCCUGCUCUUAAAUUUCUGGGAGACAUUAUUUGGAAAUGAAAGCAACAGUUAUACAAGUAAUGAUAUGGUCACAUAACCGAAAAGUGUUGGUGUUUUCAUUUUGCAAUUUCAUAUGGUGCAUUAUGAACGAAGCACAUGACAUCAAGGCUUGCCAGAUUUAUUUGAUGAAAAUAAAGCGUAUGAGUGUUAGAAAUCCUAUGCUGGCAGUCCAAAAGAGGCCAUAGCUUACAAAAUUUGCAAUUCAUGAGGAUUCCCGAAAGCAGAAAAUCUCUAUUCAACCUUCAUGACGAAAUAAUGAGUUGAUGUAAAUUCAACUUGACAGUUGAGCUUGAUUUUUUUUUCUUUGUUUUUUUUUUUGGGUUUUCCUGUUGUAACGAGGGAUUUUCUCAAGAGUAAGCUUUGACUGUAUUGGUGUUGUGUAGAAAAGUAAUGUCCAUGCUGAUUUUACACAUUAUUGAGAAUAUUGAGAAGAAUCAAACAAUUGAAAUCAAACUAAA